CUUCGGCUUUACGAGCUGGAAGUAGACUGAGGGUCAUUUAACAUUGUGUUAGCAACAUGGCGGUUAAUCUUACAGAGCUGUCUCUGCCUCAGUUAGAGGGACUGAAAACCCAGCUAGAUCAGGAAAUUGAGUUCUUGACCUCUUCAAUAGGCCAGCUAAAAGUUGUCCAAACAAAGUUUGUUGAAGCAAAAGACAGUUUGAAUGUGCUGAACAAAAAUAAUAAAGGAAAAGAAUUGCUUGUGCCACUUACCAGUUCUAUGUAUGUCCCUGGAACAUUAAAUGAUGUAGAACAUGUGUUUGUGGAUGUGGGGACAGGAUACUAUGUUGAAAAGAAUGUGGAGGAGGCAAAGACAUUCUUCAAACGUAAAGUCGACUUCCUCACAAAGCAGAUAGAGAAAAUUCAGCCAGCACUCCAGGAAAAACAUGGCAUGAAACAAGCUGUAAUCGAAGUGAUGAAUGUGAAGCUUCAGCAGCUACAAAAGAACCAGCAGGCAUUGCAACUUGUGGGGACCGCCAAGUCUUAACGAAAACACCCGUGUCAGCUCUUCAUAACAUGGGACGUUUUGAAUUUAUGUGUAAAAUUUGAACAG